AUUGCCUCUACGUUGGAAAUUUUUUAAAAUUGCUGUCUCACGAUCCAUAUUUUUAAUAAAAAUAAAUUAACUCCAGUUUGAAUUUAAAUAAAUCACUCUGGUCCAGACUGAUCUUUAGCAAAUGGGUUGUUGUAUCAGCAAGAAACCUUCUUCGAUCCCUCCCUCCAGUGGCACCACUUGUGAUGUUAAAUCCCCAGAUCCAGUCAAACCCGAUGUUAAUAAACCCACUAAACCGGUGACUGAGCUGCCGGUUAAACCGGUGAUUGAGCUUCAGGAGACAGUGGAAGAAGCCAAACCAAUUAUACCCGAGAAGGUAGAGAAAGAAGAAGAAGAAGAGAUAAAACAUAGGAGAAGCCAUGAGGAGGCUUCAGCUUCUGUAGCGGUGGAGAAACCAGUGGUGAGGACGUCAAGCUGUACCAAAGAAGAAGUUGACGCGAUACUGAUACAAUGCGGGAAGUUAAGUCGGAGCGAUGACUCCGCCGCCGCUAAAACCAGAAGAUACUCUGGCUCAAAAAGAAGCUUCGACUUUGAUCAGAACGAGAGGAACCGAGGAGGAGGAGAUGUGGAGGAAGGGAGGAAGACGCCUCAAAGGAAUCGAGUAGAGAGAGUGAAUGGUUCGCCUCGUGAACGGAGAAGACGAACUCCAAGCAGAGAAAGAGAAAGAGGAGGAAGCAGAGGGGUGAGCAGAUCUCCCGCAAAAGGAUCCGAGGCGACUAAUCCUAGGGGCAGUUUGGUAAAUUCGAGCAACACUAAGUUUGUUAGGGGCAGUUUGGUAAGCAACACUAAGUUUGUUACAGUUCCGGCGAGGGACAAGAACGGAGACCCGUCGUUGAGUAAACGAGUUACUACUAGUGUUGUUAAGAGAAGCAUCGGAGAAGCUUGUAGUAAUGUUCAACCUCCUCAUCCUCGGGAGCAAUCACAAUCACCGUACAGGAGGAGAAAGCCACUUGGAGAAAUCGAUCAGAACGCGACAAAAGGAGACAAGAAGAAGAGAGAAAACGAAUGUGCGAAACCUCAAGGGAUAAGCAGAAGCCGAUCGUUGAGGAAAUCACGUGACUUCCAAACGUUGUUGUUGCCAUCAAGCGAAGAAGAGGACAAGAGCAGUUACACGGCGCUGUUGCUGAAAGACAUCAAGAAUUUCCAUGUGGGGAAGAGUAGUAGUCAUGAGGAGGAGGAGGAUCCUUUGAGUCUUCUUCCAUCUUGUGUUACAAAAGCUUGCUCCAUUGUUGAUGCAGUGGCCCAUCUUAACUCCACCUCUGAUUCCAACCAGUUUAGAUUCACAUCUACUAUGACUGUGAAGAAAGCGGAUUUGAUGGAACCGAGCUUUGAAAAGUAUGUGACUGUGAACAGAGGUUGUUGUUCCUUGGAGGAGCAAGAAUCAUCAUGUGCCAGCAACAAUCUUACCUGACCCGGGUUCGAUUCCUCUCAAGCAACAACUCUCUGUGUUGUUGCAGUUUCUUCAACUUUAGUUUUAAUUGUUUCUGUUUAUUGUAUUCCCCCCAUGUUUUCUAUUCACUUCAAUCGAAUCUUCUUCUCUUCAACAUUAUGUUA